AUGGUCACAGAAAAUGACAUAAAAGAAAAAGUUGACAGGAAUCGAUCUAUCCCAAUGAACAUCAUACUGGUCAAACCAAUUACUCUGUCAAACAAAUAUGAAAAAAAUAUACUAAACAACACCAAAAGUCCUGUUCAUAAAAAAUUUUUCUCUGAACAUGAAGAAUCAAACAAUACAACUGAUAAUGAGUCAGAGACUAGUCAAA